AUCUACCUGAAAUCAACUCGAAGCAAUCAAGAAAUUGUCGAGAAAAACACGCCUUUAUAUCAGGGAAGUGGAAGACAUAAUUUCAACGGAAGAUGUUACGUUCUAUGAAGAUCCAAGAUCUAAACUCUCACAUUUUGUGCGUGUUAUGUGGUGGAUACUUAGUGGAUGCCACAACUAUUGUGGAGUGCCUGCAUUCGUUUUGUCGCAGCUGCAUUGUGAAAUAUCUCCAAGCAUCCUAUCACUGUCCUGUUUGUGAUGUUGAAGUCCACAAGACUAAACCUCUGCUAAAUAUCAGGCCUGACCGAACUCUCCAAGAAAUUGUCUUUAAACUUGUUCCCGGUCUCUACCAAGCUGAGCUGAAGCUUAAACAAGAAUUCGAAGAAAAACAACGAGAAGAGAACAAAUCGCCAGAGGAAAAUGAAGCUGCGAAUGAAAUCACGGACAAGAAAGAGAUUAUAAUGGAUGAUCCAGUUUUUAUCACUCUGGAAUACUACAGGCGUAAAAGAAACUGGUCGGAAAAUCAGAUUUUUCCUACUCGUUAUCUACGAUGCCCUUCUGCGAUGACUGUCGAUGUGCUGAAAAAAUUCCUUGUAGUCAAGUUCGCCAUACCUAACACUCAUCAGGUUGAAAUGAUCCGUAGUGAUGAAAUACUAGACGGUCACCUAACCAUCAGAGAAGUUUCCCGAAUGUACGGGCUGUACGCCAAGUCCUUUCUUGAUCUUGAAUAUGCCAUCCUGGAAUUCCCGACAACAGGAGAACCAUCCAUUCCAAGAAAAGUAAAAUUAGACAUCAAUCCAUGGACAAAGAUCAAGAUUAAGAGAAGGAAAAAGAGAAAUAAGAAAUUAAAACAAACGAUGGCAACAGAACUAUUACCAAGAAAUGAAACUGUUACGGAAUCGAAAAGCGAACAACAAAGUUUACAAAACAAUCUCGAUGGACUCUUUUUACAAAAUGGCGAAACACCAUCUUUUCCCGAUACGCCUCCGACUAUUGAUGAAAUACCAGGCUUGAAAAAUAUCAAUUCGCCCGUUUGAAGUCACGUGAGGAGCACGUGAUCACUGCAUGUCUUUGAUCGACAGGUCGGUACGCACGAGGGUACACGUCCCUGCAACCAGUUUCUUGCGACUCAUUUCUCCACUUUAAAUCUUAACACAGGGAUUCCCUUCUCCCCAAACCCUCCUUAAUGUAACGAGUUUUCCAGGCGUUUGGUAAGUGCACCGGUUGCGCAUGCGCCAGCACAGUGAGGCGAAUGUAAGGCGAUGAGAAAGAAAGAGAAGCUAAGAACGGCCCACAGGCAGGAAUUAUAUCAGGAGGACCUUUUUUUGAAAAUCGGUUAACAAGUGUCUUGUCACACUUCUCCUCUGUCCUUCGUUUUAAUCGCUAUAUGUUCGCCGAAACGCCUUGGAAUUUCUGCCGAAACUAUUGUGCCCCAACUAUAUAAACUCGUAACACUGGUAAUAAGUGUUAAACCUAUCAAAAAAUAUUAUUUCGUUCAUUUUGAUCGACUAGCGGCUAGCGCUAGUUUAGGGUUUAAAUCUACACCUGGAUUCGCUUUCUCUUCCAUUAAAGCGUCUAACAGUUUGCGGUAUACUAUCUUAGUGUACAAGGCAAAACUGAAUGAAGUGUAAGCAAGAAGUUGAGACUCUCUGCUCAGCUGUAAAACUGGCCGAAUAAUUUACUCUGACCCUGGGUUGGCUGAAUCGCGGUUAAUCAACCUGGCCCAAAGUGUGAGCGGUUUUUGUGAUCCAGCAAACGAUUAAUGAAAGUCAACGACGGCUGUCGGGCGAAGAUUUAAGCUGAUAUUUUUCGGUGAUUACCGGCCUCUGAUAAAUGGUAGAGUCCUCAUGAAAAAGCUCCAUGAAAAUAAGCGCGAUAACAAUUUGUAAGGAAAGGGCUAUUUUUACAUUUGCUAAUAAAGUUUAAGGAACAUCUA